UUGGCACCUCAUUUGAACUUUGUUUACAUUCCUCUUGUGCUGAGUCCUGUGGUGUCCUGUGGUGUCCUGUUGCGUCCUGCUGAGUCCUGUGGUGUCCUGUUGCGUCCUGCUGAGUCCUGUGAUGUCCUGUGGUGUCCUGUUGCGUCCUGCUGAGUCCUGUGAUGUCCUGCUGAGUCCUCUGAUGUCCUGCUGAGUCCUGUGUUGUCCUCUGAUAUCCUGCUGAGUCCUCUGAUGUCCUGCUGAGUCCUCUGAUAUCCUGCUGAGUCCUCUGAUAUCCUGCUGAGUCCUGUGUUGUCCUGCUGAGUCCUCUGAUAUCCUGCUGAGUCCUCUGAUGUCCUGCUGAGUCCUCUGAUGUCCUGCUGAGUCCUCUGAUGUCCUGCUAAGUUCUGUGACAUCCUGCUGUUUUCUGUCUUGUGCAGCACACCCGUCUUCUGGACUGCUGUGUUUGGUAUUCACUUACAUGUAGUUGCUGGGAAUGAAACACAGCUCCUGGACAUUCCAGCACGAGAGAGAUGGCAAAAUGUCCACUGUAUGCAAACAGAAAAGGUAUGACUGCUGCUUUGGAUAUUGUCGAAGAUGCACUGGCAUCUUUACAAGCAAGAGUUUUGCAGGCACAGCAGAAGCAGCAGAAACCAGAAUUGAAGAAUGCUGAAACAAAUACAUCUCUUCGUGUAAAUACUAGUAUUCGGACAUCAUCAAACAGUGUACUUUCAGAACCUCGUCAGAAACAAAAGGAGACAAGUGUCUUAAUUAACCGCAGGCCAAAUGCUCUUGCAAUUAUAUCCAAAAGUCAUCAAGGGCAUCUUAGAGGAGAUAAAAUGGGAAGAGCAAAGAAGAAACCAAAACCCACUAUAGCUUAUCAAGAAUCAAAACAUGCCAGAGAAUCCCAACAGCAGCCUUGCAUCAGUGUGCCAUCCAGUCAUGACAUUCCUCAAGCUUAUUCCAGAUUUCAAGAAAACAUUUCUUUUGGCAGUUUCAGAGAUUACAGAGAAAAUCCUUGUGACAGUAUACAUUAUAACUCUGAUAUACGAGCCCUACACAACCAGCAGAGAGCAAAUACUUCUAAACCUGCAGGUAGUAAGUUCUCAAAGAAAAAAGUCAGCAGAAACAGAGAAAGAUUGAGUGAGAGUUCUUCUGAUGACUCUUCACAGAGGAGGAAGCAUAAAUUGAGAUUAAAACCUCCUCAGAGUUCCAGGCAGUCACACAAGAGCAGCCAGAAGAGGGUUUCUCCUAGGUGUAAAACAACCAUACCUGUGGCAGACCAAAGGUAUGCACAGUCUACAUUAACAUCAAGAUUGCGAGGUGAACUAUCAGGCCCUCCAAAAAAAGAAGAGAAAGAAAAUUUAAUUCCUUUCAUUCCAUGUGGAUCAAAAAGCACAAGCCAUCACAGAGCAUUAAUUAUUCAGCAGGAGUUAAGUCACUUGAAGAAUAUGACAUCAAAGGAGCAACAGCUAGUCACAGUUCCCCGCAGUUGUCUGCAAGAGUUUGAUGCAGAUGAAAGUGGGAGUGACAGUGAAAGGGUGACCGAACAGACAGUCAAGAGAGCCCUGGCCAAUAUCCAACAGCACAUAACUCGGAAAGCAAACAUGAAUAUUACCACUGGGAACAAUCUGCAGAGUUGUGCCCAAACAGAUGCUCAGGUCAGCAGCACUGAAAAUAUUCAACUCCAUAAAAAUCAGUCUUCUACAAGAACACAAAGAUAAAAAAUAAAAUUGAAAUGUUACAAUCAAUUAACAUAAAGUGCAUAGGUAAUAAACUUAAAAAAAACUGAAUAUUCCUUUCAUGAUAUGCAGUUCUUACCUAACAAGUUUAGCAAAUAAAAACUCAACCAGUAA